AUGACCACCUUCCCCGUCCAAACGCACGACCAGCGGGCUGUUCUCGGCGUUGCUAUUGCGUUCUCUGUCCUCUCUGUCGUCGCUGUCUGCCUCCGUCUCCUGGCUCACAAGCUGGCCCAUAAGAAAUGGACUAUCAGUGACUGGUUCCUCAUCGCAGCAUGUAUCUUCGGCGUCGGGCUGCAAUCCAUCAGUAUCACCGGCGUAAUCCAAGCUGGAAUCGGCUACGGCCACGUCCAGGACAUCGCCAUAGACCCCAACUACGGCCUGGAGCCCAUCACAAAGCUAUCCAAGCUGAUCAUCCCGCUGCAAUUCCUCUGGGUGCUCAGUCUCAGCUGCACAAAGAUCUCCAUUCUCUUCCUAUACCUCCGGAUAUUCCCCGUCCGCUGGCUCAUCAUCUCCUCCUACACAACAAUGUCCAUCAUCGUCGCCUGGGCAAUAGCAACCAUCCUAGCCGGCUGUCUGAUCUGUCGCCCUUUUGCGUUCAACUGGGAUAAGACCAUCCCGGGGGGGUACUGCGGCAACCAGGUCUCCUCGUUCACAGCGACGGGCGUUAUCAAUCUCGUCACGGACGUUGCAGUUCUUGUCCUCCCAAUGAGCAGUCUAUAUAAACUCCAGAUGGCGCUGUAUAAGAAGAUCACCCUGAUUACCGUGUUUGGAUUGGGUCUUGUAACAUGCAUAAUCUCCGCCCUCCGCAUCGCCGUCCUCUCCAGCAUGAACUUCAACGACAUCACAUACACAAUCCCGCGCGCCAACAUCUUCAGCGGCAUCGAGCCCUGUCUCGCCGUGACCCUCGCCUCCAUACCCAUGAUGCGUCCGCUACUAGGGCGCACGAAUACCACGCCCAUCGGGACCGGCGCUACACCGGUCAAGUCGCGCUCGCGCUCGAAGGGCAGCGGCGGCGGACACCUGGGCAAGGGCUCAAGGGGGACAAACGAGGAUGGGUUCCAGCCGCUGGAUGAUGAUACGAGGCAGCUGUGGUUGAGGCCGUUGGGGCCGAAGCAUUAUGCGGGGAUUUCGGUGCAGGAUAGGGGGGAUGGUGAUGGGGUUGGUGUUGAGGAGGAUGAGAGGGAGCUUGUUGGUUCUGGGAGAGGGGAUGGGAGGGGGUUUGGGAGGGGCAUUCGGGUUAAGCAGGAGUGGGGGGUGGAUGAGAGUCGGUGA